AUGUUAUUACCAUCAAGUACAUCAGAUCUAUGUCCUUCAAAACUUUUAUCCAAAAGAGCGUUCACAUCAGACGUGGUUUCAACAGCUGAAUCUUUUAAACAUUGGGAUACAUGUAUGGAUAACAAAACAUGUAAAAUCGUCGCCAUAGUAGGGAUCGUGGUUGCAGCUAUAGUAUUAUUUGGUAUUUUUGGGGUUUUAUUACGUUGUUUCUGUUGUGGUGUUGAAGGGAUUUGGUCAGCAUGUUGUUGUUGUUUUAGAUGUUGUGGAUCAUCAUCAGGUUCUGGACGUCGUCAAAGAGAUAUAGAACAAGUACCGUUAAAACAACAACAAACCGCAUAUGAUAAUCCAAAUAUGUAUCCUCCAAAACCUGCACCUAUUUAUGAUAAUAAUUCAUGGAAUACUGGUGGUUAUAGACCUGUUCAACAACCUCAAAAUUUUAAUUAUGGUCCUGGUGUUGUUUCUGAUGAAGAGAAAUAUAAUUAUCAUAAUAAUGGAUAUCAUACUGCUGGUCAAACUUACAGAUAG